CUCAACUCACUGCGAUUCUGCGCCAUUGAAGUACGACAAAGAUGGAUGAGCACUACGACUACGUCAUUCUGGGUACGGGAGUCACCGAAUGUGUCCUCUCCGCCCUCUUGUCCGUCGAUGGCAAGAAGGUGCUGCAUAUGGACAGGAAUCAAUACUACGGUGGUGAAGGUGCAUCGCUGAACCUUACUCAGCUGUGGGAGAAAUUCCGUCCUGGUCAGGAAGUGCCAAAGGACAUCGGCCGCGACCGCGACUAUGCAGUCGACUUGAUCCCCAAGUUCCUCAUGGCCAAUGGCGAGCUCACAAAGAUGCUCGUUCAUACCGACGUCACCCGCUACCUCGAGUUCAAGCAGCUCGCCGCCUCGUACGUCUAUCGAGACGGGAGGAUUGCAAAAGUCCCUGCAACCGAGAUGGAGGCUGUGCGAUCUCAGCUCAUGGGCUUGUUCGAGAAGAGGAGGGCAAAGAAGUUCUUUGAGUUCAUCCAGAACUGGAAGGAUGAUGACCCGGCUACUCACCAGGGCCAGGACCUCGACUCGUCACCCAUGACCAAGAUCUUCGACUACUUUGGUCUCGAAGCCGGCACUCGCGACUUCAUCGGCCACGCAAUGGCCCUCUACCUCGACGACUCGUACAUGACGCGUCCAGCCCGUGAGACGUACGACCGAAUCAUGCUCUACACCUCCAGUGUCGCACGCUACGGCAAAUCUCCCUACAUCUACCCACUGUACGGCCUGGGUGAGCUGCCCCAGGGAUUUGCGCGUCUGUCAGCCAUCUACGGAGGCACCUACAUGCUCGACAAGACGAUCGACAAGAUUGUAGUAGACGACUCGGGCAAGUUCGUCGGCGUCCGCUCAGGCGACGAGACUGUCAAGGCAGACGCUCUCAUCGGUGACCCGACGUACUUCCAAAACCUGCCCGUAGGCGGCAAGAACCUCGUCAGGGAGACGGCCAAGGUCGUGCGCGCCAUCUGCUUGCUCAAGCACCCUGUGCCCAACACGGACAAUGCAGACAGUGUUCAACUGAUCAUCCCGCAGAAUCAGGUGGGAAGGAAGCAUGACAUCUACGUCGCCUCCCUCUCGAGCAACCACAACGUCGUGCCCCGCGACUUGCACCUCGCCAUCGUCUCUACCAUCGUUGAGACAGACAAGCCGGAGCUGGAGCUGCGCCCUGGUCUGGACCUGCUAGGCCCUAUCCAUGAGAAAUUCAUCUCGCUGACCCCUCUCCUCGAGCCUAUCGAGGGCGGUAGUGAGAGCAAGAUCUUCAUCACCCGCUCGCCUGACGCUACUUCCCACGUGGAGACGAUCAACGAGGAGGUGCACGAUGUUUGGCGCAGGGCUACGGGCGGCAAGAAGCUCGACUUGAAGAAGAGGAGCGAUGAAGAGGGGGCACAGGUGCAGGCGUAAGAGCCAGGGGGGAGUGCGGGGCAGUGAGAAUGUGACGCUACUUUCGAUUCAAAGAGAGAAAGAGGCUGGAUAUAUGAUUGACCGCUUUUCGGCUUCUUGGACAAGACAAGGCGAGACGAGACCAGACGAGUCGUGGUGUGCUAGUCGACGAUGGUUGUGCGCUUGCCCUCACUACUCCUGCUCCUCGUCGGGCCCCUCGUUGAGCUUCUUGGCUACGAUCAAAGCGUCAGGCGACGACUCAGCGGGCUUGACCUGCAACUGAACAUCGGCCAACUUGCCCUCAGAAUCGAUGACGACGUGCGAUCGAAUAGUCUUGCUUGCGGUGCCUGUGAGGGACUUGAUGAGGAGAC